AGGAAGACGGUAUGUAUCUGCUGUAUCAGGACACUUUAGGAACAGUUUGUGAACUGGGAUGUUUGGUAACUCAUGUUGUCUGUUUCUAAAAUGUACUGACCACCUUUAAAUGAAGUGUGCCUACCUCUUUUGAACAUUUUGUUCCAAUGACAUGUUCUUACUACAUAAUUGAGGCUUCUGUUUUUUACUGCCUUCAAGAAAUGAUAAACGAAACACAGCAGGGGAUUAAUUGGGUUCGAAUUCUUGAGAUUCAGCUUGUUCUGAUUGUACUCUGAGAUAUGAGGGAUGCUGGAGUGACAGACAUUGUUCAGGCAACUACAAGUGGGAUGUGGAUUUUCUUCAGAAUCAGUAUAAAUGAAGACUCGACUAACCUCUACGGCGUAGGCUCGGCCGAUUCCCGCCGUCGCUCCAGUGACCACUGUAACAAGAAGAAAAUGUUCAGGUUUUGUCUAAGCACUUUGAGAUGACGCAGUGAUUAUAAUCUUUGUAUCAUGUUUGGUAUCAGGAUGGCAUGUUAUUAUCACGGCAAUCAGAAACACGCCCACAGGUUCAGCUUUCUGUUGCUCUUAAUCUUACAUUUAUUCAAAUCAUCUGGUUCAAUAUUUGUCAUGAGCAGGAUGUUUACAUCAUCACCCAGUAAGCAGGACCAGCCGGUUCUGUCUCUUUUAGGCACACGCUUAAAAAACACUAAUUAAUCGGUAAAAUAACUGUAAAUGAACAUUUCAGUUGAGUGUAAAGUCCACAUCCAUCCAACAGAUUUAAGUACAGGCUAAAUAAGUCCAAUUUAGUGUUAUUUAGCCAUUUCAAAUCCAGUUUCGAUGUAUAUUCCAGGUCAUUGUUCUAAUAGAACACCCAGCUUCCAAAAUUCAGUCCUCCGACUGAUGGUUUAAGGUUGUGUUGAAGAAUUCAGCCCCGUUUUGUGCGACCAACUGUUCAGCAGCAGGUACAGUAAUAUUGGGCUUUAGAUGCCUCCCAUUUUCUCCUCCAAACAUGCCUUAGGUCAUAAUGACCAUAAUAUCUGAAUUUCACAAAACUCCAGAUCUUUUUACUCUCUGCAUAUUAAAACAGUUCUUACUGACCAGGGCAAAGAGACCACUGUUCCAUGUACGGUUUAAUUAUAGUGAAAUGUUUGUACAGAUAAUUAAGGGACCUGAAAUGACAUUUAUGGUUUUAAGAGAAUCUAGACAAUGCUCAGCCGAGAAUCAUCAUCAUCAUGAGUCUUCCUUCCUCCAAACCAAAGUGCCCGAUCUGCCACCAGUCGGACGUCAAGAAACUGGGCGGCCAGUGUGCUGUGUGCCAGCCUUGUUCUAAAUCACUACAACGGGUGUAUCGCUUCUGCUGGGCGUGCCAGAGAGAAUGGCCAAAUAACCUGUCGGUGCAGAGCACCUGUACGCUGCCAAACUGCGCCCUGCGUGCUGCCCUGUUGUCUGAUAAAGAGAUCACGGACCCAAAGAGCUCUGCGAGAGGAUGCCCCUAUUUCAGAGCUUGCCCACAAUGCAAGGCCCUGUUGACACACAAUGGAGUGGGCUGCCCCAACAUUAAAUGCCCCGAGUGCAAAACUACAUUCUGCUUCCGUUGCCAUCGCUCAAGAUGCUUUGGCAUCCGCCCUCCUAUUGGUUUUCUGUCGCUUGGGCGCGAGAUUGAAGCAUGCGACAUAGUGAAGAACAGGCAGUGUGUGAUUACACUUGGUUUGUGAAGGCUGUAGGAGCAUCAAGGAACAUGAAGAUUUGUAUCACAUAGUUGAAACUCUUUGAUCCAGCUUCUGGAUACCCUAAACUUAACCUAAUCCCAUUACAUAAUAUAACAUAACAGCCUAAUAUAACAUCUAUUUAAAUAUGAUUCCUGCUUGAAAAUGUAUAUUCUUAAA